CAUCGGACCAAUCCUAUGUKGAUACAGUGGUGCCCAAAUCCGAUAAGAGUAAGGCAAAGUAAAACAGUUCAAUUGUGCAUCAGCUUUACACAAAAGUUAUAAUAGACUAUUCGAGUUCAACAACAUUGAUUUUGGUUAUCAAUUUGCAUGCAAGCGAUGGAAUUUACGGAUGCACGCCAGCAGAAAGGGGUUUUAAUUCAAAGUAUUAAACAGAUUAAUAAUUGUCACCGCUWCACAAAAAAAAAGCCUCGGACAGCCUCAUAUUAGAGCUGUCAGUUCGACUGCCCACAUACCAGGGGAGGAGGGGUUCAUUCAUUUCCUAGUGGUCGCUGURAUGGUCAAAACACAAUUAAAACGUAUAAAACAUUUAAUGAAAACGUUUCACAUUAGUAAUUUAGCCGAACAUUGAUGAAUGUGAUUUCAUUUUUAACACAAAAGGUAGGCAUGCAUGGUGAGAGUUUGAGAAUAGUUCAUUAUAAUUAAUGUCUCCGGCUCUCCGUAGAUUCGAGGUCGUGUCGGCUCUGUUUCAUAUUCGGUGAUCUUUAAAGAUCUUACACGAAGGGAUCUCUCUGCGAUUGCCAUCUGACUAGAUCAGUCAUAUCAAGUGAUAAAUCGUUCCAAACUUUUUUGGCGGUGCUGCCAGUUUGGUUAUGCGCAUGUGCGAAGGUGUCCAAACUGACAAUGCUGGAGAGAUAGCGAGUCUGGAUUGAGAAACACAGAGAAAAGGACAGAGAAAAAAGAAAAAGGAGGAAAAGAUCCAAGAAAAAAUCGAACAAACCCACGCCGAAGGACUGGCAUCAUGAGGUCCAAAGGCAGGGCACGGAAACUGGCCACAAGUAAUGGUGAGGACUUUGUCCUCUACCCCUCUGAUGUCCUGGAUGAUGUGUGUGUAUCGGACGGAGACCCCGCGGCACCAACCUCGGCCCCCCCAGCAGAGGACUCCCCCUCCCCUGGCUUCUCCGCUGAUGAUGACGCCUCUCCCYUGGAGCCGUCCCCCUUCCACUCUGCCCUCUACAUGCCCCAGGACGAGAUGCCCGUUCCCCCCGACUUCCAGCUGCGCCAAUCGGGCGUCCCUGGUGUCGGCGGCGGCCUGGGCAUCUGGGCACGGAGGACGGUGGACAUGGGCGAGCGCUUAGGACCGUACGUGGGUGAGCAGCGGGCGUGCCUGAGACACCCCACCCAAGGCUGGGAGGGCUGCUGUCCCACACAGAGGCUCCAUUCUCUGGGCUGUGUGUCUGUGUGUAGCCCAGGCCCUGGUCCCUCCUCCUGGCCCCAGUCUAGCCCUGGCCUUCCCUUCCCUGGCUCCCUGGAGGAGCUCUCCACUGCCAAGUCCACACUGCAGUUGCCCAACACAAACCAGAAUGACCCACCCGUCAAUCUGCCCUUCUUACCUGUGACGUUCCCUCACAUGCAAACAGGAACAAUGGGUGAGUGUGCCAGCCCAGUGUGCCAGCCCAACGUGCCAGCCCAGCGUGCCAGGAGGCACCAGAAGCAACAGGGCAGCUAUGAAUGCUGGCACAGGGACAAGGAGAGGGCACAGAUCAUUGACGAUGAGGAGUAUGAGAAAAAGGAGAACUUCUUCAUCGUACUAGAGGAACCACGCUGGCUGAAGAGGGGAAUCUCAGCCCUUCUGCUCAACCAAGAGGAUCCUGAUGGCCAGAUGAGUGCAGAGGAGGAGGAGGCGAGACGCAUUGCAGAGAUGGGAAAGCCCAUCUUGGGGGAGCACAGCCGGCUGGAGGUGGUCAUUGAGGAGUCUUAUGAGUUCAAGAGCACCGUUGACAAGCUCAUUAAGAAGACCAACUUGGCCCUUGUGAUUGGCACUCACUCCUGGAGGGAGCAGUUCGUGGAAGCUGUGACUGUCAGCGCAGGGGAUGGUGAUGAUGAUGACGAGGAGGGGCGUGAGGAGCGUCUGCCAUCCUGCUACGACUACGUCAUGCACUUUCUGACGGUGUUCUGGAAGGUUCUUUUCGCCUUCGUUCCGCCCACCGAGUACUGGAAUGGCUGGGCCUGCUUCUUCGUGUCCAUCUCGGUCAUCGGCAUCUUGACUGCCAUCAUCGGGGACCUGGCCUCCCACUUUGGCUGCACUGUGGGCCUCAGGGACACUGUCACUGCCGUGGUGUUUGUGGCUCUUGGCACCUCCAUUCCUGACACGUUUGCCAGCAAGGUGGCGGCCACGCAGGACCAGCACGCUGAUGCGUCGGUGGGCAACGUGACUGGCAGCAACGCGGUCAACGUGUUCCUGGGCAUCGGGGUGGCGUGGUCAGUGGCGGCCGUCUACUGGAACGUUCAGGGCAAGGAGUUCCGCGUGGACCCUGGCUCCCUGGCCUUCUCCGUCACCCUCUUCACCAGCUUCGCCUUCAUCUGCAUGGGUGUGCUGCUGUUCCGCCGGCGGCCCUCUAUCGGGGGGGAGCUGGGCGGGCCGCGGACAGCACGCAUCAUCACCAGCCUCCUCUUCCUGGGCCUCUGGUUCCUCUACGUCCUCUUCUCCAGCCUGGAGGCCUACUGCCACAUAGAGGGCUUUUAGAGGACACAUGAGAGCAGAGACAGGGCUACUAGUCAAAACACUGAUAUACAUUAUAGUUAUUAUAAUACACACACCUACUACAGGACAAGGCCCAGGCCAAAGGUUGGGACCUGGUCAAUAUCACUGGAUCGCUAAUACCUAAGGGAUCUGUAGACAUACCCGAUAUACACAUACACACACACACUUACAUACAAAACACAUACAGACACAUACUGAAACAUGAACUGUACAUAUAACUACAUGCAUGCACAAACAAAUGCACACGUGGUCUCUCACCAAGACCAACACACACAUACAACACUGUAACAAGGGCACCACACAGGUUGCGUGUGGCCUGGAGCCUGGAUGACGCCCAGUUAACAUUAACCUCCUAUUGCACACUCAAAUGUUAUACACACUCACUGGACAAACGAGGAAGAGAAGGAGAGAAAAUAAAGUAUUGGUCAAGGAAGUGACGAAGGAAGUAAGACAGGAGAGAUUUCAAAGGAAGCAUGUUCAGAAUGUAAACCAGCAUGUGGUAAAAGAGGGAGAGUGAAGGAGAGAAAGAGACAGACAGGUGUGUAGAAACUAAGUGUUGCAGUGGCUUUCUAUUCAUUCCAGCUGGCUGCGUGACAUGGUUUUGGGUCCAGCUAGACUGCUUUAAUUGAAGCAGGGUAGAGUGCCGUGUGUUUUGCAGGGUGUUUCAGGGAAGGCGAACCAGACUCAAUCCACUCGACUCAAUCCAUGUCUGUGUGGCCUUAAAGCAGUACCCCUUCACCCUUUCACUGGGGGUUUCCUUUUCAAAGACAGAAUCCACACACGUAGAAGCUGUGGUGGAAAAAGUACUCAACUGUCAUACGUGAGUAAAAGUAAAGAUACCUUUAAUAGAAAAUUACUUGAGUAAAAGUCACCCAGUAAAAUACUACUUGUUCUAAAAGUAUCUGGUUUUAAAUGUACUUAAGUACAGUGGUGCAAAAUGUACUCAAUUGUCAGACUUGAGUAAAAAUAAAAAGCGAAAGUAAAUGCUAUACAUCAAAUUCCGUAUAAAGCAAACCAGACCGCACAAUU